AUGGCGGCGCACGCCGGCGGCUCGCUCGUCGAGCGCCCGGUCGCCUUCACGACCGACUCGAAGCACAUGAUGUGCUGCUCCGGCGCCGCGGUGAAGCUCUUCUCAUGCGAGACGGGCGCCCUGCUGCGGGUGCUCGAGGGCCACACGGAGGACGUCACGGCCGUCUCAAACGUGGCCUCCAACGUCUUCCAGGGGCUGUCGGCCGGCCUGGACGGCCGGAUUCUGCUGUGGGAUCUCGACGACGCCACCAUCCUGCGCGCCUUUUGCGUGGGCCGACCCAUCCUCGCAAUGUCGCUGCACGCGACGACGCCUUCGACCGCCUUUGUGCUCACCAGCCCCGAGGGCAAGGCCGCGCCCGCCGGGACGCCGCGCUACGCGGAGGGGCUCGCACACGGGGGCCGGACCUACGCCGCCUCGCUCCGCGAGGACGCGAGCGGCGCCUUCGGCAGCCUCGAGCGGCCGUGGCCCGCCGAGCUGCGCCCCCUCUUCCGCGCAAAGGCGACGGCGCUCGCCGUCGCGGCGUGCGGCGAGGAGAGCGCGUUUGUGGCGGCGGUGAGCGGCUCGUGGCUGACGGUUCACGACGUGGCGGAGCGGUCGACGGCGCACUUUCGGCAGCGUCGCGAGAAGCGCGCCGCCCUGCUCUGCGUCGCCCUCUCCCCCACCGAGCGCCUCGCCGCGACCGCCGACGAGCUCGGCCGCAUCCAUCUCUGGCGGAUCGCGACGAGAGACGCGGCCGCGCGCGAGGCGACGGGCGCGAGCAGCUCAGAUGGGGCGGCGCGGGAGAUGCACUGGCACGCGCAGGCGCUCGCCGCGCUCUCCUUCUCCGUCGACGGCGGCCUCGUCCUCUCCGCCGGCCGCGAGGGAGUGCUUGUCUUUUGGCGGACGCACGGCGCAGAGCGCAACUUUCUGCCGCGGCUCGGCGCGCCGCUGCUCGGGAUGACGCCGUCAGAGGACGGGGGCACGCUCGCGCUGCGCAGCGAGGACAACAGCGUGCAGCUCGUCGACCUCGGCGCGCGCUCCGUCCGCCGCGUCAUCUACGCGGCCGGGGCCGUCGUCCUGUUACGGGCGGCGGACGGCAGCCGCAAGCCCUGCAAUGGCACCGCCGCCGCCGGCGGCACUUUCGCGCCGCGGGUGACCGACGCCGCCCUCUCGGCAGACGGGUCGCACCUCGCCACGUUUGAGGUGCGCGCCAACGCCGAGCUGCGGCAGCACACGUGCCUCAAGCUCUGGCAGCAGCGGGACGGCGCUUGGACGCUCGUCACGCGCAGCGCCGCGACGGCCGCCGCGUUUUCGUCGGACGGCUCGGUGAUGGCGGUGGCGUACGCGCCCGACGUCAUCACGCUGUGGGAGCCGCUCACCAACGGGCUGCUCGCCACGCUCUCUCAGCCGCUCGAGGCGUCGGACGGGUUCGUCUUCCUCGCCUUCCCGGGCGACGGCGGCACCCUCCUCGCGCACACCUCGCGCGCCGUCUUUUGCUUCUCGCUGCUCACGUCGCAUGUGCUGUGGGCGUACCAGGCGCCCGAGGUGCUCGCCGCGGCGGCCGACCCGUGCUCCGACGCGACGCUCGUCGCGUCGAUCUUUGGCGCCAACGCGGUGCCCGAGGAGCUGACCGCCGCGCCGGGCUUGCUCGGCAUGGAUUGGCUGGAGCGCAACCUGUCGCGCGUCCCCUCGCACCUGCUCCCGCCGGUGCGCGUGCUCUUCCCUCGCUUGCUGGGCGAGCUCGUGCUGCCGGCGCCUCACCUCGCCGCCGCCAACGGCGGCGCCGGCGCCGGCACCGACUCGCCCGAGCCCCCCUCGGAGCUCGAGCGCUACCUCGUCCGCGAGCUCGGCGACCUCCGCGAGGACGAGGGCUUGGGCUGGGACGGCGAGGGGCCUCCGCCCGGCCUCUCGGCCGCCGACGCGGCCUUUUGGCGCGAGCACGCGAUGGGCCCGCACGAGAUUUGGCAGCGCGUGCUCGCCUCCGGGGACUUGGCGGGCGUGCAGCUCCCGGGCGCGACCGCCGAGCACCGGCUGGCGCGCGAGAUCCAGGAGGCGGAGGAGCUGCUCAGCCGGGCGGGCCUCGACGCGGGCGCGUGCGGGUACGGGAUCGCGCGCGGGCCGAUGCCGCCCGACAUGCGGCAGCCGCCCACGCCCGGCUGGCAGCACGCGCCGACAAAGCUCGAGCUCAAGGCCCUGGCGGCCGAGCUGCGCGAGCAGACGCGGGGCGGCGGCGCGCACGCCCACCUCGACGUGCUCGCCGCGGGGCUGCUAGCCUCCAACUCGCGCGAGGUGCUUGCGGAGGGGCUGGACGGCGCCAGAGUCCUGGUAUAUACGUGA